UGACAUUGUAAACACAGAGAGUUUGUGAGGGAUUUGUUCCUCAUCCUCCUGACUGGCUGACUCCGACGUCUCCUCUCUUCUCCAUCACCAAACAACAUCAAAGUCUCUCCUUUAGUCUCAAAGAGAUUAGGAGGGAGAGAGAGAGAGGACCCAAGUAAGUUUCAGGCUUUCAAGUACUCUGAGGUUUCAAUUCUGAAUUCCCAAGCAGGGUCUUGACCAUAAAUAAAUUCAAAGUAUUGAAUUUAAUGAACAAAUAAAGUAAACGAAGCAAGGAGGAAAUUCAGAUCGAAGCUAAGCGAGAAACAACGGGGCUGCUUCCCCUUCCACAACUUCACAACAUAGCUUCGGAGCUCUGCUCUCUGAGAUUUUGACACCAACAAACAAUAAAAGACCACGGCUUUAAGCCUUUUAACUUUUGCAAAACCAGAACCACUUGCUUUCUCCAUUACCCAAAUGCCUUCUUCUUCCUUUUCUCUUCGCAGACCCUCUGCCUCUACCUCUACCUCUACCUCUACCUCCUCUGUUUCUUCUCCUUCUGCUUCCUCUGUUUCAGCUCUGAAACAGGACACUGGGGGCUGUUGUGAGCAGAGCCCCAGGCGGCUCACGCGGCAGAAGAAGCUCCGCCACAUCAAUGACCAGGACCUGUGUUUCCCCCUCCCUGAAAAGUCUCGCUCCUCGCCCACUUCGCCCGAAUAUUCCACCCGAAAGUCAACGUCUCCGGAUCGUGAGUCCAAGUCAAACCACUGGUCCUCUUCGGCUGCUGCUGCUCCACAACCCUUGCCUGUACCAGAAUCUCUCGUGAUCGGGAGACCCGGCUCUGUGCCCAAAGAUGGGUACUUCGGCCAUGCGUUCUUCAGGAAAAAAAGAAAUCAAGUUGCCACAACCUCAGCACCACAGAUUUCUAAUUCAAUCAAUAAUCAAGGGGCAUUCUCCUCAGCACCACAGAAUUCUAAUUCAAGCAGUCGUCAAGGGCCAUCCUCCUCUUCACCACAGACUAAUUCAAGCAAUCGUCGAAGGGCAUUAUCUUCCCAAGAUGUAAAUAAUAAUGGUGGGGGUUUUAAUUACAACUUGGGACUGAAUGUUUUUUCUAGGAAAGCUCAGGCAAAUGGUGUCUCAAGUCAUCCUCUUAGCCCACAAAGAUCAAACGUUGUGGAGAUGGAUGGUUUUCCUGUACAUGUUGCCACCACUUCAUCCAUUCAUUGUUCAAGCAAUUGUCAUAGGGGAAAGAGACAGGAGAAUGAAAGUUACAACUUCAGCAAGAGUGCUCCAACAAGUGGGUUUUCAAGUCCUGCAGUUAGCCCUCGAAGAUCAAAGGCGGGGGAUCCUUUUCCUACGUUUGGGGCUUCUCAAGAACAAUAUCAGGAUACCUGUCCUUCAAGGUUAUCACCAAACAAUAUUGCUCAUAGUCCCAGUCAUUCUCCUCUUCCCAGCCCCACAUCUCGAAGUCCACGCUUGAACCACAAAAAUUCAAAUGGAAAUGUAUUUGCGUUGCAUCGUAAAUCAUUCACAGAGGGUUUUUCAGAGAGGGGUGAAAGUAGUAGUCCAGUCAAUGCUCACCCUUUGCCUUUGCCUCCUGGAGCCGUGGUACUUCCACAGCCAUCUAGCAUGCAUCACAAUGCAGAACUUCUGUCCACAUCAUCAAUGAAUGGUCAAUGGCAGAAGGGAAAACUUAUUGGACGAGGUACCUUUGGUAGUGUUUAUCUUGCAACCAACCGAGAGACCGGGGCCUUGUGUGCAAUGAAGGAAGUUGAUCUCAUUCCCGAUGAUCCUAAAUCUGCUGAAUGUAUAAAGCAAUUGGAGCAGGAAAUUAAAGUCCUCCGUGCACUAAAGCAUCCAAAUAUUGUGCAGUAUUAUGGUAGUGAAGUGAUUGAUGAUCACUUCUACAUAUACUUGGAGUAUGUUCAUCCUGGAUCAAUUAAUAAGUACGUCCAAGACCAUAUUGGAGCUAUGACAGAAUCUGUAGUUCGCAAUUUUACUCGCCAUAUCCUCUCUGGGUUGGCUUUUUUGCAUAGCACAAAGACAAUUCACAGGGAUAUAAAGGGUGCAAAUUUGCUUGUUGAUGCAUCAGGCGUUGUUAAACUUGCUGAUUUUGGGAUGGCAAAACAUCUUAAUGGACGCUCAUACAAUCUUUCUCUGAAGGGCAGUCCAUACUGGAUGGCUCCUGAGGUCAUAAAGGCUGUGAUGCAGAAUAAUGCUGAUCCUGAUCUUGCUUUGGCUGUUGAUAUAUGGAGCUUGGGUUGCACAAUCGUUGAGAUGUUCAACGGAAAACCUCCUUGGAGUGAAUUUACAGGACCUCAAGCUAUGUUCAAGGUUCUGAACACAACCCCAGAUAUACCAGAAACAUUAUCUGCAGAGGGAAAGGAUUUCCUCAGUUGGUGUUUCCGUAGGAACCCUGCCGAGAGACUAUCAGCCAAUCAGCUACUAGAGCAUCCUUUUGUACGAAAUCCACAUGAUCAAACUGUCUCACACUAUGCCCAGAAUUUUGCUCUGAUGAACCUAAUAGAUAAAUUGCAUAGUCCGAGGGACCAUACUAAGCCAAAAAAUGGGCGAUAUUGAUCUCUCCACACACUUCCAGUUGAGAGGUGGCUUUGCACCAUUCUUCAUACCAUGUGCUCGAGGAUCAUCCCUGUCCCUAAACUAAUUGCAGCCCUUGUUCAAGUUAAAGCUUCCAGCCGUAAGCAUUUUAAAGACUCAUGGAAGGGAAGACCCAAACCUAGGACCCAUAUGUUUUUGGAAGAAAUGGAGCCAAGUUUCUCUCAUGCAGUAUCUGGAAGAUGCUAGCUUUUCUUUGGAAAUAUGCCAGCGUGCAGCACUAGUGGAGAUUUUUCCGUUGCCCAUUUCACCUUUGCUGCCUUUGGUGAAGGUACAUGGCUUUAUCAGUGAACCGAGUAGGAUUUGGAAGCUGGUUAUUUUAUUCCUCAUCAAGUUGAGGACUUUCAACUAAUAUGAUGGGUUCCUGCUUUGAGGGAUGACUCUUCUUUUUUUCUUUUUUUUUUAGUGGUCUCCCUUUUGAGAAUGUCACGUGGAGCUAAGAUCAGUAGAAAAAAAAUAGAGUGCAUAUAUUUACAUAGAACAGGUGAUGGAGCUCAUAUUAAUUUGUAAAUACGAAUUUGUGUAGCAAUUAACAUUUAAUUGAAUCCAUGAAGCUGGCUUAUAGAAAAUUUCAAAUA